AUGAAAACCCCUGUAAAUGAUAGGAUUUAUAAAGUUCGUGAUUUGAUUGAACGUCUCGUUAAAAAUUAUCAAUCUGUUAUGGAGCCAAGUGAAUAUAUGGCUAUAGAUGAGUCGAUGGUCUCUUUUCGUGGGCGUUUGAAAUUUCGGCAAUACAUACCAGGAAAAGCCCAUAAAUAUGGUGUUAAGCUUUUUAAAAUUUGCGAGGUGAAUGGAUAUACACAUGACGUGAAUGAUUACGCAGGCAAAAACCAAGUUGACGGCAAAGGCUUAGCAUGCAGAGUUGUCCUGGAGUUGAGUAACCCUUUUUUAAAUUCUGGACGGACAAUAGUUACUGACAAUUUCUAUACCUCUUUACCUUUGGCUAACAAACUUUUAGAAAACAACACUCAUCUUAUAGGAACUUUAAGAUCAAAUCGAAUAAGAAUACCUGAAAUUUUUAAAACAAAGCUACGACCUGGUGAAAUUAUCGGUAGAGAAAAUAUAAAUGGAAUUGUAGUCGCAAAAUGGCACGACAAAAGGUACGUUUCCAUGAUGUCCACUAAACACAAUAUUAACAUGGUCGAAACUGGUAAAAAAAAUCCUAAAAAUGAGUCUAUUUUUAAACCGCAAAUAAUAUUAGAUUAUAAUGCAGGAAAAGCUGGAAUCGAUCUAUCUGACCAACUUUCGAGUUAUAAUUCCCCUGUACGUAAAUCGAUUAGACGGUAUCACAAAGUUGCCACUGAAGUGUUACUCGAUAAAAAAAUAUCCAUCACAAAGUUCCGUGAAAUGUUAGUUGACGUAUUACUUGAACUAGACCAAUUGCAGAUUGCUAUAAUAUCAGAUCGUCCAACUACUUCAACUAAACAUGGCCGAAAAACUAAUCACAAAUUUGAAGAGACUGUAGAAAGAGAUUACCGUAACCGAAAAGUUAGAAAAAGGUGCCUUCAUUGCUACUCGCUCAAAACUACAGCUGUCGGUUCAAAAAAAGCUAGUGUUGAAACAAAAAAAUAUUUAAUACCAAGUUGUGUAUAA